GUGUCUGCUCUGUUUUCUUUCUCCCUGCAGCCGAACACCACCAGCCUUCACCACCGCCUGCUCCUCUUGGAAACUUGGUAAGAUCUUGGUAAAUUCCUUCCCUUUCCUUGUUGAACAACAAAAUUUAAAGCUUAAAACUCUCUCCCUCAACCCAGGAAUUUCGGAUCUGCUGUCUUCUCUCUUCCCUACCGCCGGUGUUGCUGAAGUGAAUACCAAUCUUUCCUGGUAAAAUCAGCCAUGAAUUCCCUUCUUUUUCAACCUUGAUGUGUGUGGGUUUGCUCUAAUUCUCCUUUCUUCAAUUGCUAGAAGUCUGCGUGAAGCCCCCUGCAAUUUUUCCCGCCGGCAUCUCCUCAUCCCGCCAGCUCCAACUUUGCUUGUUGAGCAUUUCUGGUAAGUUGGCUUCUCUAAUCCUUGAAAAUUGGUGGAUUAAUUGUUGCUUGUGAGCUUUAAUUAGUUGUGUGGGUGUUUGGGUUGUCAAGGACCAAGAUGCCGAAGGUGGGGGAUGGGUUUCGGCGAAUUGAGAAAUGGGGUUUGGUUGAUGAAUUGUGUAGGAAAUUAGGGGGUUUUGGCUGUUGUGUGUGUGUGUCCAUGAGGAAAGGGGAGAACCCGUCCUUGAUUGCCCUGUGAUCUUAGCACUUGGAUUAGGCCUUCUGUUCUGCGUGAUUAAGGUAAGUAAAUUAUGGUAAAUAAAUUAUGGUAAAGCCCGUAAAUUUUUGAAGCAUAUUUUAAUUGUUUUCUGAGAUGGUGGCGAGGUUUAAAUGGAUUUAUUCGCAUUUGAGCAUGAUUGAAAAGGGAAAUUAAACUUUUAUCAUUUUCCUUAUUUUCUAGAAUUAAGCAUGCCCACAUGAGAUCCUUUUGAUUUAUUCUUGAAAGUGAGAACGAUUGUGAAUUUCGGUUUUGUUUGUAAAGUUUGCUUGGUUUUGUCUCCAAUAUGGUCGUGAUAAUCGUGUGCCCGCUAGUGGGAGGUUUAUAAACGCUAGCACAUGUCGACAUGUUCGUGAUAGAACCGGUUCGCUUGUGGCCCUACUAGUGGGGAUUGUACACUAGUAACUUCUGUAGCCUGCCAGUGGGAGGUUUAUAACACUGGCCAUGACUAAUAAAGGAGACCACUACGUGAUUUUAUUUUGCAUUAAUGAUUUGUUCUUGAAACGCUCUGUUCAUGUUUUAACCAAUUAUUUGGCAUGCUUUAAAUCCUGAUUCGGGCACCCAUAUUUACUUACCGAGAUAUUUUAUCUCACGGUUUCCUUGUCCACCAUUUCAGGUAGUGAGACCCAACGCGUGGGAAGCCCGGGGGAGUGACGAGCUAGACGGCUAGGCAUGUUUGGAGUUAGUUCUGUAGCUAGGCCGUUAGUCACCCAUGCUGACUUAGGACUUUUGUGUACAGAACUUAUGUAGUUGUAGUAAGGAUUGUAUAAAUAAAUUAUAACUCUUUGUACACUUUGACAGGUAAAUGUGUAGAAAGAAAAUGAAAUUAGAUAUGACCU